AUGCCGUUUAUUGCUGUCCCCCAAUCUCGAGAAUCGGAGAAAAUGGAUGUCUGCCUAGUUGGAAGCUGGGCAAAAAUAGCGAAUGGUGAAGAUGGUCAUGAGAUGGCGGAAAACAUUUUCCUGAACAGGGACAAUAUCGUGCCACUACCAAUUGAUAAAAGUUACCUUUCCGAUUUCCGUGAGAAGCAUCCCGAUGUGAAAGCAGCACUUGUCAAUGGAAUUGAGUACUUCGAUGACCAGUACUUUGGGACUGGCGAGUCAGAGGCCAUCUGUAUGGACCCUCAACAACGAAUGUUGAUGCAGGGAGUGAUACAAGCAUUGGAGAAUGCUGGAGUCACUAUUGAAAUGGCUUCAGAAGCGCGCGUGGCUGUGUACACUGCCGCCUGGUGCUAUGACUAUAAGGAUCUCCUUCCACCAGAUCAGUAUAUGGCGACGGGAAAUUCGGCGAGUGUCAUGUGCGGAAGAAUAACCUACUUCCUGAACUCUCGAGGAGCCGCUGUUGGAAUUGAAACCGCAUGUUCCUCAUCUCUUGUUGCUUUUCAUCUUGCUCGACAAGCAAUCAUGUCUGGUGAGACAAAACUUGCUCUUGUCUGCGGAGCUAACCAUGUUGGAUCGAGAUCAUUCCACUCGUUGUACAACUCUCACAUGGUUUCCCCUAACGGACGUCUGGCUGCAUUUGAUCGUUCUGCGAACGGUUUCGUUAGAGCAGAAUCAUUUGCUGUUGCAGUUCUCUGCUCGAAACAAUUUGCAGAGGAAAACAAUCUACGCAUUCACUGUGAAUGCAUUGGCUCUGCUUUCAAUAGUGACGGAAAAACUCCAUCGCUUACCGCUCCAAACCCAAUUUCGCAAUAUGAGGUACAACUUGAGGCAUUGAAAGGAAUCGACAGAGAUACCGUACAGCUGGUAACAUGUCACGGAACUGGAACUAAACUAGGAGACCAAGUGGAACUGACCGCCAUCAAAAAAUCGUUUAAGCCGGAUAUCCGUGUCAUGAGCCCGAAGAGCUCCAUGGGACACGGAGAGGGCGCCGCCGGACUAAUCGGAGUGCUUCAAUCUCUAUAUUCAAUGGAACAGGGGAUUAUUCCUAACCAGCUGCACCUCCAAUUGCCGUCUGAAGAUUUGGGCGAUGAAAAGUCAAUGGCUUUUGUGAAUGAAGAGAUGGAUUUGAAAAAAGUGGCAAUUAGCUCAUAUGGAUUCGGUGGAACCAAUGCGUGUGCAAUUAUUACUAAACCAAAACCAAAUGCCAUAAAAACCGAGUCAUAUGCAGAAUCGAAAGUGCUCUUUCUCUCUGCCAAGAGUCACGAGUCGUUGAAAAUUCAAAUUGAGGAAAUUACGGGAUUUUUGGCUCAGUCAGAUUCUGACUUGGAAGAUAUUUUGUACACUAUGAAUGUACGAAAAACCAAAUACGAUGUACGUGCUGCUGUAUUCGGUAAACACCAAGAAGAGAUUGUCAGAAAACUACAAAACCAUGAAUAUUCUAUGACAAACUCUCAAGAAGGCACAUUCGAAGUGGAAUUUGGAGAAGGAAACGAGAAGCUUUGGUUGUUGAGAAUGCUCUAUGAGAAAAAUGAAACAUUCCAUUCGGCAGUGGAUAAAUAUUGUAAACUGGCUGAAUCGUGUGGCUUCCCUGAGGCGAGAACAGCUCUUUUCUUCCCGUUUAAGCUGACUCUCACUCCACUCACUUAUAAUGUUUCCCGUCUUAUAUCGAGCAUGGCUACAUUUGAGCUCCUCGUGCAAUAUAACACUUUGCCGUCUAAGCUUCGAGGAAAGGGACUAGGACAGAUUUUCUGUCUUGCCGCUGCCAAAGUCAUCAGUUUUGAGAAUGCAGUUCAACUUAUCAAGGGAGUCGUUGCAGAGGCAAAUCUGACUGAUAUUCUUUCGAACAUUGAUUUGAAAACUUUAAAAAUACCAAUCGAGAUUCAACAUUUGAAAAGUACAGUCAAGAAAAUACUACCAAUUCAUAUCUCUGGAGAGUUAAAAGAAACUGCGAUUCCAAAUUUGAUGACGUUCUUGGUGAAUGGAAAGGAAGUCACCGAACUGGACCCAAUCAAAAAAGUGCAAAGUCUCAAUUGCCAACUAUUUGCUUCUGGUUUUGACCCAAAACUGAUAUUCCGUGGUCAAAUCGUCAAAACACCUGGAUAUUCCUUCCUGAAGAGAAAGUUCUGGCCAGACUCAAUAAAAACUGGAUUAGCUAUAACAGAUACUAUUGAUGAAGAGGUGACAUCAGGAAUCUCAGCAUCAGAAAUUGAGUCUGCGGUUAGAGCAAUUGUGAAACAGUUUCUGGAUAUUGAGAAUGAUGACGUCAAUUUGUUGGAGACUGGUGAUGUAGACUCAUUGACCUCUAUUGAGAUGGUCGAAGCAUUUGGAACUGCUGUCAACCAAACAAUGCCAUUCGACUUAUUAGAAAGUUACCCAACUGCUAGAAGCAUUAUCGAAUUCUUAAAAACUCUUGUUGCCUCUGUUCCAACAGUUCAACAAAAAACAAAAAGUGCUAAGAAAAAGUCUAUCGGACAUUCAGUGGAAACUGAUAUCAACGUGGCUGCCACUGACUUUAUGUUUGCCGGUGUUGAAGGAGAAAAGGAACUUUGGGAUACUUUACUCACCUCCAAACUCGUAACCAAUAAAAUCUCGGAUACAAGAAAAAAGCAAUGUGAAGGUGACGCUGGACUGGAAGUCGGCUUGUUGAAACAAGACAUUUCGUUAUUCGAUAACUCAUUCUUCUCCGUCGCAAAAGAUGAAGCGGGAUUCGUAGAUCCUCAACAUCGUCUACUACUUCAUUCUGCUUACAACGCACUUGAGAAAUCAGGAUUGACUGCAAUUCCAGAUGCAGAUCUUUUCCUUGCAAUCAGUGCGCAUUCUGAAUACCGCACGUUGGCUGAAAAACAUGUUGAAGAACUCGAUGAACGACUUUGGAUGGGAACUGUACACAGUAUGGCUGCAGGAAGAUUGGCUGCACUUCUGGGAAUCAGAGGUCGGGCAAUUAUUGUUGACACCACUUGCUCAUCUAUUGCUACUGCUUUAGAAAUGGCCGUCAACUCUAUCAGAGAGGGAAAACAAUACGCUGUUGUAGCUACAAGUCAGUUGAUUCAAUCCUCCAAAUGGUUGUACUCUCUGAGAACUCUAUUGGAUCAUCAUAAUACAAAAUCAUUUUCUGUUGAUGGAACAGGAUUUUGUCGUUCUGAUGGAGUUGGAGUUAUCAUUCUGAAGGCUGCGGAACCUGGGGACUCAGCUGUUAUCAAAAUUUCGGAAGCAAAGAGUCAUCACUGCGGAGCUGUCAUCACUCCAGUGGUUAGUGCAAUUUCUCAGCUCCUGGAAGAUGUUGGAGAUGUAACUUAUGUAGAAGGACACGGAACUGCAACAUCAGCCGGUGACAGUGCUGAAUCACUGGCUUAUCAAAAACUUGGAAAAGAACUUAUCAUGUCUUCAGUGAAAGCUCAAUUCGGACAUUGCGAAGUUGCAUCCGGCCUAAUUCAACUCAUGAAAGUUGCCUCUUUGAGCAAUCAUGGAAUAGUUCCUGCCGUUGUUCACAAUUUUUUGCCGAAUGAACAUAUAAGGCACAACAAUGAUAUUCGGUUGCCAUUUGUAUCUGAGGAAAGUGAAAUUCGGGAAUCUGCUAUAGUUUCAUUUGGUAUCACUGGUACAAAAACUGUGGUGACUACAAAGAAAGUGGAUGUAACGGAGAGCAAGAAUCAGGCCAACUGCUUCAUGCUACCAAUUAGUGCAAAGACUAAAGACGCUCUCAAAAAUGCUUGUUCUUCUUUGAUUGGAAUGAUAGAAAAUAGUAGCGAGAGUCUUCACGAUAUUUCCACAACACUUCAAAAACAGAAAACAAACUUCAAAUGGCGUGCUGCGGUUGUGGGAAGCAAUCACUCCGAAGUAGUUCGCAAUUUAAAAAGGAUUCUGACGAGUGAAAGUGGAAGCAUAACAUCAAAUUGGCACAUUUGCACUAGUCCAUUUUCCAUUGGAUGUUCUUCAUUCUUUAACAACAUUCCGGAAUUUGAAGAUCAUUACUCCCUGUUCUGCCAUCGCCUUCGCUUUGAACCACAUUCUGAUACAGGAUCCUUGUAUCACUUGCUGUCAAUAACAUAUGCUCUAAUCAAAAUUAUUAUUCAACACAAAAUCACUUCAUCAUUUGCCGUUGGAGGAUUCAACAGUUUAGUUGUUCUUGCUGCCGUUGAUGCAGCACCAUCUCACUACCUCAAUGAUCUACUUCAUGCUUUUGUAAACAAUGACGUCAGAAUGAUGAAGAGAAUCGCUAGAGAUGUCACUAUCAAUAUCGAGAACUUGGAAAUCUUCAAUUUGAAGAGAGAAUCUAUCACAACUGCCAGACAAGCAGUUGAUGCCACAAUUGAUAUCAACCCGACAAAUGUUCGUCUGUCAGAGGAUGCUGUGAUCUUAUCUCCAAACGAGACGUACCCAUAUACUGAACCAUUGCAAAACAUCACUGACUAUUUCAAACUGAUCGGUGAAAAGUUCACGAGAGGAGCUAAAAUAGACUUUGUCAGUAUUUUCGGGAAGCCGUCAAAACUGAUAGAUCUUCCUGAAUAUCCGUUUAACAGAAAGUCUUUCUGGCUUCCAAUUCCGGAAAAUGUUCAACUAAAAAACAAUGAAAUUCAUGCAUCUCUACCAAAUGAUUACGAGUUUCUGCUGAAGUCUGAAAAAUGGAGUCAUGUGAAGAACCAUGUUGUGGAUUCAAAGAUAGUGCUGCCAGGAGCAACAUCUAUCCGUUUAGUCUAUCAGCUGCAUGGGAAGACAUAUGUCGGAAUGAGCAAUAUUGAUUUCUUGAAUAAAAUCACUCCGACUGAAACACCAACUAUUGUGAAGUUGAGGGAACAAAACGGAUUGGCUACAUUGUGCUUUGGAGAAACAGAUGCCAUUAGCUUCAGUUUCUCCGACUCUCAAGAUUUCAACCUUGUUCCAAAUGAGCGAUUGAAUUCCGAAGUUCAUCACGGUGACAGUAUCUACCAGCGAUUUUCAACCAGUCAUUUGACCUAUCGAAAUGAGUUCCAGAUGAUUGAUUCUCUCAGAUUCACAAUGGGAAGAGGAGAAGCGAGAUUUGCGGAAAUUACUAACUUGGACAUUCUUAUUGACGGUACGCUUCAAGCAAUUGUCGGAGGCUAUUUCUUUGAGAAUCCUCAUGACCAAAGUCCUUUUGUUCCAUUCACUAUCGAUAAACUGUCGAUUGUGACCGGUGAUAUUGCUCAGAAGCAGUUGCAUACUGUCUUCACCUAUGAUUCUUCCGAAAACUUUAUCACUGGCAAUGCCACAGUCUAUGACGUGUUUGGAAACGUAAUUCUGCAUAUAUCCAAUGUGACGUUCAAGCGACUCAAUGGACAAUCAGCACCGUCCAUCUCCUCUAAAACUGUUGAUACUUCAAAAAUUACGAAGAAAAUUGAGAAUGAAGAUUUGAAGAGAGCGUCGAAGAAUAUGCUCCAUUUGUGGUUUGAAGAAAACUUCGGAUGGACUGAUAUUGAUAACACAACUGGAUUCUUUGAUCUCGGGUUAACAUCGAUUCAAGCUGUGAAACUGAGGAAUACUAUCAAAUCAAAUUAUCCAAAUGCUUCAUCCACUUGUGUGUUUGACUACCCAAGUAUUGAACUUCUCUCAGGAUAUUUGUCUACAUUGAAUGAUCCCCCAGCAUCGGAAAAUCAAGAAGAUGAGACCACCGAUGAAAGAAAAGAAAUGGAAGAAGAUCAUCCUCCAACACGAUUGGCCCAAAACCCUAUUGGAGUUAUGGCAGCAGCAUGUCGCUUACCAGGUGGAGUUUCAUCUCCAGCCGAACUUUGGGAGUUGCUGAAAAUUGGAAAGAAUGCAUCAUCAAGGAUUCCGGCAACAAGAGUUCAAACAAGAAACACGCUGAUAUCAGGUUCAAAAUAUGGAAACCCAGUUGAAGGUGGAAACUUCAUCACCCAAGAUGUUACACAGUUCGACCCUGCAUUCUUCAAAAUUUCUAAGAGUGAAGCUGAACUUAUCGAUCCUCAGCAGAGAAUACUAUUGGAAUGUGUGCAAGAGUGUUUAGAAAACAGUGGUGUCACAGAAACGAGUAGUGUUGGAGUAUUCGUCGGAUUAAUGGAGAAAGAAUAUCAAGAUAUGAUGGAGUCGUCUUCAAUUCUUGCUAUGCUGGGAUCUAUGGCUGCUGUUAUUGCAGGUCGUGUAAAUUACGUAUUUGGAUGCUAUGGACCCUCCGUGACUAUUGACACUGCAUGCAGUUCCUCACUUGUUGCUCUGGAAAUGGCUGUGAAUGCUCUGCUUGAUAAUCGGUGCUCCAAGGUUAUUGUUGCCGGAGUAAAUCUAAUUUUGAAUGAGAAAGGACAAGGAUUAAGAACUAAUGGAAAAAUGCUUUCUCAACACGGAAUGUCUUUGAGUUUCGAUUCUCGUGCUUCUGGAUACGGAAGAUCUGAUGGUUGUGUUGUUUUGAUGUUAGAGUUGGCGAAACCCAAUUUCCAUUACAUGUCAACUAUUCAAUCUGUAAAUGUGAAUCAUGGUGGGCGAAGUGUAUCCCUAACAGCACCAAACGGAGUUGCUCAUAAAAUGUUGCUAACAUCAGUCAUCAAUCAGAGUCCAUCUCUAGCAAUUGACUACUGGGAGGCUCAUGGAACAGGUACACCACUUGGAGACCCUAUUGAAUUUAACACUUUGUCUUCUAUUCUACAAAACAUUAUCAUCGGUUCCGUGAAAGCGUCACUUGGACAUGGAGAAGCUUCAGCAGGUACAUGUGGAUUGCUAAAACUUUUCUUGAUGCUGACAUACCAAUAUGUCCCAACUCUGAUCCACUUCCAUGUCCUCAACAAAGACAUUAACGCUGGAAGCAUUCGUCUUCCGAUUAUUGGAGAAGAAGCCGAAUUGGUGUCAGCUGGAAUCAGUUCAUUUGGAGUCAGUGGAACAAAUGCUGCAGCAAUCGCUUUCAAUGACAAUAACAAAUUGAAACCAUACACGCAUAUCCACAAGUACUACAUUCUGCCGAUAUCUGCAAAGAAUCAAACUUCUCUCGAUCAACUAGAGAAGCAGAUUCUUUCUGUUAUUCCAAUGACAGAUGUACCUAUCAGCAGUAUUGCUAGUGCGCUAGCCAACAAUCGAUCUCAUUUCACUAUCCGGAACGCACUGAUGAUUUCUCAUUCUGGAAGAGUGAUCUCCAAAGUGGAAGGAAAACCACAUCGUGUUGCUAAGAAAGACAGAUUCCAUGUGAAACUUGGUGAAAACGUUAUGGAUGCAAGCCUUCUACAGUACGAUGUUGUCAAUGAAAUGUAUACUGUUGCUUCAUUGAAAAAUCCACAGUCGUUUGCCAUGAAAUUUGCUGUUAUCAAGUUCUUAACUUCACUAUCUGAGUAUGUUGAAAUCGUUGCAUCGUCCACUGAAGAACUCCUGGCUAUUCUCUUAGCAGAUGGGUCUCUGAAAUGGGAUAAGUUUGACAAGAAGCUUCUGGACUACCCAACGGGAAGUUUAUUGAAUGAACUUGCUGACUUAAACUUGAAUGGAACCACCUGUUCUGCAAUCAAGUGCUAUCAAUCUCAACCGGAAAGUGUCAUAUUGAACAGUCCGUUAGAAAUAAUGGAAACGAUCAUGAAUCUCUAUGUCGCAGGUUAUGAACUUGAUUGGAGUACGGUCUAUUCACCUGUUGAGCAGUUUGUAGCUUUACCAAAUUAUCAAUUCAACAAACAGGUACUUUGGUUUGAGGAUCGUGGAGAGAUUGUAGAUCACUAUCUGAUUGGAACAGUUGACGAGGAAACCGAUAAUACUAUUACUCUGAAAAAUCAAAUAUCGGAGCUUCGACACCCUCAAUUCUUCAAGGGAAAACCGAUAGAUGUUGGAACAAUGACAGAAAUUGCAAUUGAAGCAUUGAAAAUUAGGAAUGAGAUUCCAUUUUCUAUCCAGAAUUUGAAAACUGAACAAAUAACUCUUAUCAAACCUGCUUGGCUGGAAACGAUUGUGAAGAAAGAAGAAGAAGAUGAAGGAUUCACUGUUUCUGCAUUUAUUGAUGAUAAGAAACUGUUCACUCUGAGUGCCUCUCCAGUUGAAAUUGAUAAUAUUGAGCUGCCAGCUGUCGAAGUCCAAAUACCAGAUAAAGUUGUUUAUUUGAAAGAAUGCCCGAAUGCUGUCAUUCGAAGACAACGAAAUAUGAUCUACGUUGACUCCAGAUCGGAACCAUCUCCCUUCCGUACUGCAAAUAUUGUACUUAAUGAGAUCAUUGGAUUUGCCCCAAAUCCAUCGGACAUGUUUGUGGAGAUUCUUGGUGUAUUACCAGCGGUUUACUAUAUGGUUCAAGUGGAUGAUGGAGCAUUGUGGCAGUUCCAGAUGAUCUCUCAAGAGAAACGUGUUCUUUCUAAUAUUUAUGUGCUGAAGGAUGCUAAGGGAUUGGAAGUUCCAACUGUCCGAAUGCACAAGAAAUCCACUUUAUUAUCUUCUCAGGAAGCCGGUAUUGUUGCAGCCAGAACUCUUCAAAUGGCUGUUAGAAGCAAGGUGUGUCUCGCAGUUGGCGAUGUAAUUGACUCUGGAGUAGAAAUUGACGAUAGUCAAAUGAGUACUGGAUUCUCUGAACUUGGAAUGGACUCUUUGGCAACAGUAGAUCUGUUGAAUCGGCUCAAUCAAAAAUAUUUCCCAGAAAUUGAGUUGACUACAAGUGACUUAUUCGACAAUCCAAACAUUAUUGAUCUUUCAAUCAUGAUUGAACAACUGCUAAAUGAGAAAGGAAUCCAAGCACCAUCGGAACCAGCGACUCCAAAACUCUCACUUCGUGAACGAAAACUGUCCAUUCCAGCCAUCAGAGCUCAAGAACUAGCCCAAAUCGAGUUUGUGACGAACUACAAUGCGCAACAGAAAGAAGAACAAGAAGAAGAGCAAAAAUUGGCUGAAAUGAAAAACGAAACCAGUGCACCAAAGGAAGAUGACGUUGAUAGAACAGAUAUUCGUCGUAAAAUAUCCUCUGCAGUUUUUGAUUUAGCAACUGAAACACUGUCUGUUGAAGAUCUCGACUCCAAAGGAUUUACUGAACUUGGAAUGGAUUCUCUUUCGAUUGUUGAUUUUGUAAACCGUUUGAAUGAGAAAUACUUCCCAGGAGAUGAUAUCACCGCUAGUGAUGUAUUCGAUUACCCGACUGUUGAUGAACUUGCUGAUCAUAUCGUUCGAAAGAAGAGUAUUUCGUUAUCAACUGCUCCGGAAUUGGUUGCAGAUACGGAUAGAGCUGAAAAGGUUGAGAUCACUGUAAAUGGAAAAGAGCACCCUGAACUUGAACAGCUCACUCAGUGCUAUGUACUGACGGACAACAAGAAUACCACAUUCACUUCUGAUAUAAACUUGACUUCUUCUGGAUCCAAGUUUCAUUUGAUUAAUUCAUCGACUCAAAAACCGAUUAUUGAACUAAAUCCAGAUGGUGGUCAGGACAAGGAACUUCAAAGAUGCUUAGACGGGAAAAAUAACAUAUUGAUUUCCCUUGAUCACUUUGAAAACGCCGUGGAUGUUCUCUACAUGACGCUUCUGAAUUUGAUGAAAACUAUCUCUAAGAACAAAAUCAAGUGUCACUUUGCCGUAUCCAACAAGUUCAGUCUUGGUAACUCGAUUGCUAGAGCUUUCAUGAAAACUGUUACCUCGGAGAAGCACCCACUCAUCAGUUUCGAAUGGGACCAAAAAAUUCAACAAGUUAGUUUUGUUGACUCUGAUUCUGGAAUCAGUGGUAACUGGUUGAUCACCGGAGGAUUGAGUGGAAUUGGAUUUGAAAUUGGAAAGUUUUUGGCGAACAACGGAGCUGAAAACGUUAUACUCGUCAGUAGAAGACAGCCGACUAAUGAUGUUCUCAAGGAGAUCAAAAACUGGAAAGCAUCGGUGAAAACAAUUGCUGCCGAUAUUAGUGACAAGCAAACUCUGGUAAAGGAACUAGAGAAAAUCAGAGUAAACGUCACAGGAAUCAUUCAUUCUGCUGGUGUUCUGAAAGAUUCAAAGAUUGAAAGGCAAACAAAAGAUUUAUUCAAUCAAGUUUUCAAACCAAAAGCUGAUGGCGUUCUCGUUUUGGAAGAAAUUGAAAAGCAUUUCAACUACAAGAUCGAGAACUUCAUCAUGAUGUCAUCAUUCACUGCAGCCUGCGGAAAUGAAGGACAAUUAAACUAUGGAGUAGCCAAUGCGUACUUGGAGCACCAAAUUCAACGUCGUCGGCGUGAAGGAAAAUCCGGAUGUGCCAUUCAAUGGGGAAAUUGGAUAGACACUGGAAUGGCUACCAACGCUCAUGUACGAAAGUUCCUUGCAGACCUCGGAUUCUUGGGACAACACAACAAAGAUGCCCUGAAAUAUCUGAAAGUUUGUAUCGAAAAGAAACCUGAAGUCAUUAUGGUCGCUAAUAUUGACUGGGACGUGAUUUUGAAGAAUCGAAAGGACUUGCCAAGAGAUCUUAUCAACAAUGGAAUUAUUUCAUUCGAGAAUUUAAUUGUUGAAAGAAAAGAAAGUGAAUAUUCUGCAUCAUCUCAUGAAACAACUGACUUUGAAGAAGUUCCAAUAAAUGUUGCAGUAGAAGAUGAAGAAGAAGUUUUGGAACUCAUCAAAGAGAAAGUGUCAUCUAUCUUGAAAUAUGCUCCAAGCAAACUGAAAAGCAACAAGAACAUCAUGGAUAUUGGAUUAGACUCCAGACUUCUCGUCGAAUUUUUGAACUUUAUCAACGCUACAUUCAAGACUAAACUGAAUCUGUCCGAUGCUUACAACUAUUCGACACUUGAAAAACUGGCAUCUCAUAUUUUUGAGAAACUGACUGCAGUUGAUGUUGCCGUUACUUCUGAAAUUGAAAACCAUGUGGAGGAAACCAAAAAAUCUACAGAUUUCUGUUCAUUUUUUGGUGUGAAUCUUUUCUUCAACGACAAAGAUAGCAUUGAGAGAUCAAAAUCAGAAGCUGUCAGAUGUUUGGAAUCUGGGAAACCGCUGCCAACUUCUGGAAAUUUUGCAAUUCCUGUCGUCGGAACUUCCAUAUCAGAUGUGAUCAAGAAAAUUGAAACUGUUACUCCACAACAAGCUAAAACCUGUCAACAAAACUCAAAAAGUGUUAUGAUGCUCACUGGUCAAGGAUCCCAAUAUCCUCUUAUGGGAAGACAACUGGUAGAGAACUAUGAAGUGUUCCGAACAACGCUGAAAUCCUGUCUUGCCAAGUGUGAUGAAUACUUACAAGGAGAUGUCAGUUUGUGGGAAAUUCUGUUCAACACUGACCAUUACAAACUGCUACAAUUAACCAAGCACAUGCAACCCAUCAUGUUCUGUUUUGGUUAUGCAACUGCUCAAUUAUGGCUCUCUCUUGGCGUUGUACCCGACUAUUACUUAGGUCAUAGUGUUGGAGAACUUGUAGCUGGUGUUCUUGCCGGGAUAAUGUCAAUUGAAGAUGGUCUUCGUUUGAUUGUCGAGCGUGGAAAAGCUAUGGAGAACAUUGCUGGACUAGGAGCUCUUCUUGCAGUUCAACGAGAAAUUGCCGAUGAUGUUCUUCGGAAGUUUAAGGUUUCAGUGGCCACGAUUAACAGUCCAAAACAAGUAGUCUUUGCGGGAACCAAGCCUGAGCUUGAUAUGGCAUUAGCAUUUGUAAAGGGGCAGGGCAAACAAGGCACGUUUGUCAACCAGACGUACCCCUUCCACUCCAACCUUAUCGAAGACAUUCAUCUCGUUUCUCUGCGCACAUGUCUCGCCGAAAUACGCUUUCGGGCAGGGACUACUGCGUUGGUCAGCAAUGUGACAGGCCAGAUAAUAAACACGUUCUCGGAGGCCUACAUCAUCAAACACACAAUUUCUGCCGUCAAAUUCGUAAAUUGUGUGGAGACGCUGAGAAACGAGGGUGUCACAGUGUGGAUAGACGCAGGGCCGGCUGCAGUCCUCGCAACAUUUGUGAAGAGAAUUAUUGAGCCAGCGGAACUUGCGAAACACAGAAUUGUUCAGACUUGUAAGGAAAAAGAUUCAGACGUCGAAACUCUGGUGCAAGCAUGUCUCGAGUUGGAGCAAUCUGGAUUAAACAUUUCAUGGCCAACACUUUAUGGUUGUGACAAGAACGAAGAUGCUCCACUUGUUCAGUUUCCCGUGAUUCAAGAAGAUUCAAUUCACGAUGAUGAAUUUGAAGUCUUGGAGGGUCAUCGGCUCAAUGGAAAAAUAAUUGUUGCUGGGGCAUAUCAGAUGUUCAAAAUGGACCAACUUGUCAAAUCUCGAGCCCCGGGAUUAGAUCUAGUAUUGAAAAAUGUGAAGUUUUUGAAGCCGUGGUACAUCGAGGACUGUAAAAACUUUCAAAUCCGCUGGAACUCUGAUAUGACGAUUGAGUUGGUGGUGAAAUCAGUGACAAUGUGUUCUGCAAAAGUUGAUAUGAAAGAAGGACAACUGGUUGCAGAGAAAAUCGGAGAAAAUGAACAAUCUUUCGACGUCCAUGACUUCUAUGAAACACUGUAUCGGAAUGGACUGCAAUAUGAAAGUGGUUUUAGAAGAAUGGACACAGCAAAGCGAUCUGAAAAACGUUGUUUCUCCGAAUUGAAACCAUCUACAUUCGCUUGGCCUUUGAUUGACUCUGCAAUGCAUUCUAUAACUGCAAGUGUGGUCCCUCGUCGUCCGGACAGUUACUUUUUACCAGUUGCAAUGGGUCAAGUAACAAUGAGAAAUGAACAAGAUUUCAAACUAUCGAAUCUUCACUCUCAAACUGUAAUCACUUCGGAAACCGAAAAAUUCAUACAAGUCAAUGUCAUUUUGUUUGCUGGAGAUCUGAUCAUAUGCGAGGUGCGGAACAUGACAAUCGUGGUUUUGAAACUGGUUCCAAUUGCAACUCCAACACCGACUCCAACUGCAACUGCCGCAUUGGAGACAACAAAAACGGAAAUUGAAAUAGUAGGCUUUGAUAUCACACUGCCUUAUAAUCAAAUCUCUACGAACUCUGAAAAUUGGCAGUUUUUGAAAACAAACAGAGUCAAGCAACCGCUUCAGAACCGUUUUUCUGAAAAAGGAGAUAAUCUUUGCGUCGGUUUGCUCGACACAGACUCACGUUACUGGGAUCCUGAAUAUUUUGGGAUUCGUCCUAGCGAAGCUUCAUACAUUGAUUUGCAACAAAGGCUGCUUCUUGUUAGUGUUGCUAAACUUCUCGAUUCAUUGCUUAUCGCUAACCUUCCCAGUAAAACCGGAGUGUUCAUUGGAUGUUCCACUUAUGAAUUCUCUCAAGUUGUGUACGCUCAUAGUCAUGAAAAUCCAAGAGCAGAGUGGGGUGGUGGUACCUCGAAUUCUGCUUUGGCUGGUCGGAUCGCUCAUUGGCUAAAACUGAAAGGCCCAGUUCUUACUGUAGACACUGCUUGCUCUUCUUCAUUUUAUGCUUUGACUUCCGCUUGUGAUGCUAUUCGUUCCGGACAAUGCGAAUAUGCAAUUGUUGGAACAGUCAACUUAGUUCUGCAUGAAAUGACUACAAACGUGCUUCAAAACGCCAAAAUGACUGUUCAUGAUUUCUGCAAAGCUUUUGAUGUAGAUGCUAAUGGAUACAAACGGUCAGAAACAGUUUGUACAAUGCUUUUAUCAAAGCCUCAAAACAUGAACAGUGUUAGUACGUUAGUUGAUUGGGCUACCGGACACAACGGGAACAGUUCAUCUCUAUUCACUCCGAAUGGUACGUCUCAAUUGGAAGUGAUGAAGAAAGCUACAAGAACUGUUGAAGAUAUCGUUGCUGUAGAAACGCAUUGCACUGGUACCAAACUUGGCGAUCCAAUUGAAUUAAGCGCAAUUUCAAAAUUGAUUUCUGCUGAAUGCUCAAUCAACAGUAUCAAAUCAAAUGUUGGUCAUUCCGAAGGUGCCAGUGGACUGGUUUCACUCUGUGCUCUUUUGAUGUCAACACAUUCCAAUUAUAAACAAGCACAACUGCACAUAAAAUGUCCAACCGAAGUGAUAAGAAGAAGUAAUAUGCAUUGCCAGUUUGUUGGCGAAGAGUUAUUUCUAAAUACAAAUGCAUCGGUUCUUAUCAAUAACUUUGGUUUCACCGGGUCGAAUUGUUCUGUGGUCGUGAAACCAAAGUCAAGAAACUUGGAAACUUUAGAAGAAUGCCACAUUCUGUAUCCAAUGUUGAUGUCUGCUCACACAAUGGAAUCACUCAGAAAAUACAUCGACCAGUUUAUCCAGUUUGUCACAGCUUCCUCAGCUUCGUUGCAUGACAUCAUGAUCAGUUUACUUCAGAAAAAAGUACACGUUCACCGUCAUUUUGUGAUAUACGACUACAGAAGGAAAAUUGUUCUGGAAAACCAAAAUGAAAUAGUUUAUCACAAUGACGAUAGACUUGAAAUGUUGAGAAAGAAGUGUAUGCUGUUUUUGAAAGAAGGAGCAAUACCAUUUGAUCGAAAAACCAGUUUUCGUAAAGUCGAAUUACCGCCAAUCAUUUUCAAUAACAGUUUGCACUGGAAACUGAGACCGUUCCACGAUGACAUUUUCAAAACUCGUCAAGUCUCGUUCCGUGAAAUUUUCUAUGAAAAAGUUCUUGUUGAAAAGCAACCUCUUUUGGAAGCCACCACUAUCAGAAAUGUGGCAUGCAUUGGGAGACUGAAUCUUAUACCAAAAAUUGAGAUGGAUGAAGUAUCUUGUUUUGUGAAUGGAAUAAUUGUGUUCCACCCGCUGACAAACAGUAUUGAAGAGUUUUUGAAGCUGACUGAUUUAUGGAGUCGACUGAAGCCAGAUCAGAAUAAUGUGGUAAUUGUAUGUUGCUUCAAAAAUGGAACAUCUCACACUGAAUGGACAGGAGUGCUACGGUCAUUAGCUUCAGAGAAGUUAAUUCCCUACAAGUUUGUUUCCAUCGAACGAAUUGAUGAAUUGAAGAAAGAACUCAACAAUCAUGAUGUCUUUGAGACUAUUUUCUAUAGAAACCAUGCCCGUUUCGUGGAGAGAAUGAAAAAAUUCACUCCAAAUUUCAAAAAGAAAUCUGAGUAUAGACAACUUUUAAUAUCUGGUGGAACUGGAGGAAUUGGCAACGCUGUCUUGAAUGAGCUGAAACCAAAAAGUUCAACUAUACUUACACGACAAAACAGGAGAAAUGUAGAAGAAGAAAAUACUUAUGUGAAAUCAGACGUGGCGAUAUACCAAUCUGAUACUCAAUAUGAACAUGUUUUCCAUUUUGCUGGAAAUGUCCAAAAUGCAUCACAUUCCAGUAUGAGAAAAGAAAAAGUGGAGGAAUUAUUGUUAACAAAACUACAAGGAGCCAGAAAUUUGGUCAAGUGCUGCUCCAAGCAAGGAACAUUUGUGUUCUCAUCUUCAAUUGCAUGUAUUCUAGGAUCGUAUGGACAAUCAAAUUAUGCUUUUGCAAACGGUUUGGUCACUUCGUUUUUAGAAACGACCCCAUUAAAGUCAAACGUUAUUCAUUGGGGUCCCUGGAAAGAAGUUGGAAUGUUGGCAAGGUCGGAAUGCGAUGAAAUAAACAAAGCACUUGCUAUGAAUGGCUGGAAUCCGUUAUCCAAUUCUGAUGCACUUUCGGUAUUCUCUACUGAUGUUAUGAAUCCAAAAAGUCAAGUAAUAGUUUUUGAUGGAGAUUUUGAAGAAAUUGUAGCAAGACAACCGCAUUUACGGAAAUUCCUCUCAGAAAUCGUUAAAGAGAAGAAAACUCCAAUUAAAGAAAACCCGUCUAAUUUCGAUAAUGUUUUUUCUGAUGUAGUAGGUAUCAAAGACAUGGAGAACAAAACUCAAAUUCCCUUCAUGGAUCUUGGAAUUGAUUCUUUGUGUAUGGAAAACCUAAGACACACUCUCAACGUUGAACUCGGUUUAGACCUGAACGUUUCUAUAAUGUUUGAAAACGCUACGUAUGAAAAACUGAAGGCUUACACAUCAAACCUAUUGAAAUUGAAAACUGGAAAAUCGAAAAACUCAGAAAACGAAAUCAGCUCAGAACACAAAAUAGACAAUGACAACCGUGUUGCUGUAAUUGGAUGGAGUGCUGAAUUUUCUGGAGCGCAGAACAUUGAAGAAUUCUGGAACAACUUACUCAAUGGAAUCAUUUCAACUAACAUAGGAACCAACCUUCUGAACUCUCCGUUUGGCUUCGAUAACAAGUUUUUCAAUAUAUCUGAUGAAGAUGCGAAAAUGUUGGAUCCUCAAGUAAGAAAGUUCAUUCAACAUGCGUAUUUGGCUUUGGAAAAUUCUGGAUACAUUGAACUACGAACUGAAUUGAAAUGCGCCGUUUUUGCAGGAGCAGAACCAUCCGACUACGGUAGACAAGACGAGCAAGAUGAUGCCAUGAGAAAACUUUUUGUGAUGAAUAUGAACAAUUAUCUUGCAACUUAUGCUUCUUACUGUCUCGAUCUGAAAGGGGAGGCUGUAUCAGUUUACAGUGCGUGUUCUACCACUUUGGUAGCUGUAGCAAAUGCAAUAAAGUCGAUUCAGACUGGUUCAAUUGAUUAUGCAUUGGUAGGAGCUGCAUCAAUAGCAGAGGUUUCGGAGUCUCUCAAUGGAUAUGGAGACUCAAAAAAAACUAUAUUUUCAAAGUCAGGAGUAUGUCGACCGUUUGAUAAAAACUCUGAAGGAAUUGUGAGAGGAUCUGGUGUUGGAUGUUUAGUUUUGAAAAAGUAUUCGAAAGCUGUUGAAGAGAAAGACCAUAUCCAUUUUGUCAUCAAGAACUAUUCCAUCAGCAACGAUGGACUUUCACGAGCAAGUUUCAUGGCUCCCAACCCAGCUGGCCAGUUGAGAUGUAUGACAAGUGUGCUGAAUAAACUGACUGAUGAUGAAAAACAAAGAAUUGAGUAUGUUGAGUGCCAUGCAACUGGAACUAGACUUGGAGACACUAUUGAAAUGAGUUCUCUUCAGACUGCUUAUGGUUACAAGAAGAAUUUACUAAUCGGAUCUUGCAAAGCCAACAUUGGACAUGCGUAUGCUGCCUCGGGGCUUGCAUCAUUGAUAAAAUGCGGCAUGAUGUUACAGACAGGAAGAGUUCCUCCGCAAGUGAAUUUCUCUGAGUUCCGUGAUGGUUUUGGAAAUUUCUUCAGAGUGAACACCGAAGAGGCUGAGAUCAAGAAGAAUAGUCUAAUUGGUAUUGAUUCAUUUGGAAUUGGAGGAACAAACGUUCAUAUGAUUCUCGAAUCUCAUUGUGUACAAGAAACCAAUUUGAGAAUGCAGUAUGAAUUGCAAACACACAUCUUUCCGUUGUCUGCAAAAUCGGAGAAUGCUUUGAAAAAGUUGGAAGAGACCGUCAUAAAUUAUUUGAAAAAUGACGAUCGAACUUUGAGAAAUCUAUCAUCCACUUACAUUCACGAGAGAACAUUGAUGGACCAUCGGACAUACUUUAUUUCCGAUAUAAAGAACAACCAAACCAUUAUCAAUAGAGGUCCAAGAAUCAAAUGGCAACCUAAAUCUCCAAAAGUUGCUCUGUAUUUUGCUCCUCAAGGUGUUCAAUUUUCGAAUAUCUUACCUGAAGAAUAUCAUAAUAAUGUAAUCUAUCAAAAAGCAAUUCAACGACUUUGCAACUCUGCAAAUAAUCUUGGAUUGAGGAACUUGGAAAGAAUUCUGUAUCCUACUAAUAUGGAAGACGAUCUCAUUCAAUCCAUUGAAUAUUCUCAAGUGACUCUUUUCGUCCAAUGCAUGGCUAUUUACGAAUCACUCAAAAAAGUAUUGAAACCCCAAUUGCUAAUCGGGCACAGUGUUGGUGAGUAUACAGCGGCAGUGAUUUCAGGAGUGUUGAAUGAAGAUCAAAUGAUAGAUUUAUUAAUCAAAAGGAGUCGACUAAUUGGAGAGACUGACGAAGCACGAAUGUUAAUGGUGUGGAACUAUGAAAAAACUCUUCCCGUAGAUGUCGAAGUCUCUGCAAUUAUUGAUAUCAAUACCAAAUGCGUUGUUGGGCCAAUCAAAGCAGUAGACGAGUUUGAAGAAUCACUCAGACAGCAGCAUAUCAAGUAUCGAAACAUCAAAACGAAUUACGGAUUUCAUUCUCAAAUGAUGCAGCCCAUAUCAACAAAAUUCAAAAAUGUAUUCUCCACACUACCGGCUAAAAAGCCUGAAAUUCCAAUGAUUUCUAGCAUAACGGGUUCCACAAUCCCCGAUUUCAAUGCAACUUAUUGUCACAAUCAUCUCACAAGUCCAAUCAAUUUAGAUCGGGUCGCCGAUGCUAUAAUUAAAUCAGGCGUGGAUAUUGUAGUGGAAAUCGGUCCAACUGGUGUGUUGUCUAACCUCUUGGCAAAGAAAAACUCAAAAACCGUAGUCAUCCCCACAUGUGGAACAAAGAAACACCCAAAACAGUCACUUAUGGAGUGCAUUGGAGAGGUUUGGAAUCAUGGAGUCGACAUACGUGGAUUAUUCAAAAAAACAGACAUUGACGGUAACGCACCAGGAUAUUGUUUUGAUGAAACCCAGUUCAGUAAAAACAACGACUAUGCCAAGAAUAUAAAGCAAAAUAUUGAAAAACAGUUCAAACUGUACACGGAAGACUGGAUAGAAGAAGACAGUUGUGAUGCCAUCGACUCACCUGCCUCUUUUGAGAUUUAUGACAGAAGUGUGACAGCCACCACGUCUUCUAUUUUGGUUUUUCUGCUCGAAGAAUCUGAAGGUCUUCAUACGAACUAUUUCGACGUUGAAAGGUUUUUAAAAUAUUCUCAUCAGCAUGAGACGAUUCUUUUUAUUGCUAACAGUGAUCACCCUUCCAAUCAAAUGGUUCUCGGACUUCUUCGUUGUCAUCAAUUGGUUUCCAGAACAAGAAUCAAGUACAUCGAGAACCUGGAUUACCUUGAAGUAUCAAAUAUUGUUGCAAAAACAGUGAACUGUGAAGGAUUGUAUCUUCGCUUGGCUUCAAGUGAAGUUUUCUGCCAUCACUUCAAGGAGAUGCUUCCAAGAUCACCUCCAAAUAGUCCUGUUGAAGGUCAUGCAUUAGUAUUCGGAGCAAAUGGAUUUGUUGGAAGAAUAGUAGUGGAAUAUUUGAAUUUAUUGAAGAUCAAUGUCAUCCCUGUUGCUCGUAAUUCAAAGUAUACUUGCGACAUCACUGAUUCGGAAAGUGUCAAAAAAAUUAUCGAAUCAAUUGGCUUGAAUCACUUCACCCUGGUUGUUAACUGUGUCGGGAAAGAGUCCUCACCAAGUGUUGUCAAAUCAUUUGAAGAGCAGGAAUUGGUACUUUCGUCAAAAACAAGAGGCAAUCUGAAUAUUCUUAAUUGUUUUGAAGAAAAUCAAAUCGAAGUUGACAAAUACAUCACGUUCUCAUCACUAAGUUCAACCAUCCCAUUGCUUGGUAACUCGGAUUACGCUAGUGCGAACUGUUUUAUAGAGGCUUUGUCAAGGCAAAAGUUUGAAUACAUUCAGAAGUUAUUGGUUUUGUCAUUGCCGCCCCUGGAGGGAAGUAGAAUGUAUUCCGAAUCGACUUCAUCAACAAAGCAAAUGUUGAGUCAUGUGUUGAUGAGCAAAAAAUAUCUUGUGGAUGUGUUCAAGGAUACAUUCUUCUCGGAUAUAGACGGAUCAAUAUUCGUGUCCCCCUCUAAUCCUUCUGAAAUUGCAUCGAAAAGUCUAAAACAUAAUAGAUCUGGUGAGAAUGAGGAUGAACCGACAAUCAAAGCAGAAGAAGUCAUGAAACAAGAAAAUGGUCUAGAAGAUUUGAUCAAAAAAAUUUGGAAAACGACGCUAGGCCAAUCAUUGGUAAUUGACGAUUCAUCUAACUUUUUCUCACUUGGAGGAGAUUCUCUGAGUGCUCUACAAGUUGUAUGGCAAGUGCAAAAACAAACUGAGAUAACUGUGGAAGUGAAUGACUUGUUUGAUAACCCCACUCUGGUUGAGUUUGGAAAGCAUAUCGAACGCUUGAAAUCAACUAAACUCGAAGAUGGACCAAUUGACGAAGACGACCAUAUCCCAGACUACAAUAAUAUCCGACUGACACAUUCCCAGACGCAGAUGUUUAUGCUCCGUCAAAUCGACGCUACUUCAAAAUACAAUGUAAUUUUCGAAAUUGUUAUCAACUACGACAAUGAGUUUAGCUGGGAAAACUUGAAAUAUUCUCUACUCUCCCUGGUCGCUUAUCAAGCAAGUUAUCGUAGUUUGUUUGGUAACACUAGCCCCCCAAAUCAGAAGUUGUGUUCCCUCACAGAAAGUUUUCACAAUCUUGAUGAUAGAUGUGAUCUCAUCGAAGCGAUUUCUCAUGAAACGAAUCACUCGUUUGACAUUGGGGUAACGACACCAUUACGAGUACGAAUUGGUGAGGACUGUGAUAACAAUCGAAUUCACAUCGUUUUCAAUCAACAUCAUAUUCUCACCGACGGAUGGUCUAUGACUAUUCUCGCAGAUACUAUCAACACGUUUUAUAAUUCCUAUAAAAAUGGAAUUGAUCUCCCAAGAAAGUCACAUCAGAUGAUCACUAAACUAGCAAUCAAACAAAGCCAGGAAUUUGAAAAACUGGAAGACAAAAUCAAAGAAGUUGUGAAGUAUUACAAGAAUUCAAAUCACACUGUGAUCCCUUAUGAUACAAAUUAUGGCUCUGAAGAGAAUCACACGAGAUUCAUUAAGAAAAUUCCUGCGAGAUUGUGGACCAGAAUUACCGACUUGUCGAAAAAGUUCAGUACUACAACUCACCACAUAUGCCUGGCGUUUUUCUGUGAGUGCAUCCGCUAUUUUACUGGACAAUCUGAGAUAAUGAUCGGGUAUGCUGACUCUGGAAGGAACACGGAAAAUUCGAAUCUCAUCGGAUAUUUUUUGAAUAAUGUAUUGUUCAAAACAUCAAUCUCCCAUGAUGUCGUAGAAUUUGAAAAAAUUUUGAAGAUUGUAUCGAAGUCUCUUGAAACUAGUCGGAAGUUUUCAAAUGUGCCAUUCCACAAGAUUGUUGAACAGAAUAGAGAAUUGAAUGCGAUAUCUAUAUAUUUCAACUUCCGCCAAAAACUCGACUACCCAACAGUGUCUAUUCCAGGAGCAAACUGUGAAAUCAAGCAUAUUUCCUUGAACAAUGCGUUUAGUUUUUCAUUCACCAUUGAUGAAACCCCUUCCGGUUCUCUAAUUUCAAUCGACUAUGAUUGUUCAAAAUACUUAAAGUCCACUGUCAAUAUGUUCUCGAACAUGUUUUUGAAAAAGGUGAACUUUUCCAAAAACAAAAUCAUACCCGUUCGUCGAGCCGACUACCCUUCUCAUCUUUUCCAAUGUGACUUGUUGACCUCUUGGAAGCUAUUUUCGGAGGAACCUGCACUUUUGCUCUCAUCAAACACCAUUUCCUACUCUGAACUGGCCCAAAAAAUUGAGUGCACGGCGACAAACAUUCAGAAACAAUUUCACAUUUUGAGAGCGGUAUGUCUGAGAGAGGAUGAUAUGAUUGGGAUUGAUUCAAGUUAUCCACCAACUGCUCUACUUGCUUGUUGUUAUUUGGGCAUCACUUAUUCUCCACUAGACCCAACUUGGCCGAAAGACCGUCAGAAGUUUAGUGGAGAAAAAGUUCAGAUGCUUUUCAAAUAUGAUGCACUACCAAAGUAUUCGAAAAUCAGAAACUUUCAAACAAGAACCCUCUACGGUGGAAUGUACACCAUUUUUACGAGUGGCUCCACUGGAGUCCCAAAAGGUGUCUUUAUGGCUGAACGUUCGGUCUCCUCAUUUCUGACAUCAGCGACAAAACAAUGCAUGUUCCGUGAGAAAGUGCGUGUUCUCGAUUCGGUCAAACAAGUGUUUGAUGUCAGUGUUUCAAACAUCUUUGGAACGGUGUUCAAUGGUGGUCUUCUCAUUGCUCCCGACCACUCAACAACAAUAACCGAAAAACUUCCAAAGUGUCAAUACGUUUUCUUACCGGCCGCCGUGUUCAAUGGAUUUACCACCAAAACAAUGAGCAGGCUAAAAAAUGUGGAGACACUAACAAUCGGCGGAGAGACAGUCUCGAAUGGUGUUCUGCAGAAAACGUUGCAACUAUUACCGAAUAUGAGAAUCAUACAGAUUUACGGACCCACGGAAACAUGUGUUUGGUCUUUAACAAACCGUUGUCAAUUAUCAUCGGAGAAUAUUGGAUCAAGACUUGGGGCUUCAAUGGAAAACGAAACAUACCAAAUACAAAAUAAUUAUGUACGUGGCAUUCUGGAUAUUCGAGGAAGGUCUCUGGCUCGUGGCUACAUAACAUCGGACCCCACCGGAACAUCGUUUAUAGAUAACUACUCUACUGGCGAUGUAGUUGAUGCUAGAUCAGGUUACCUACAAUUCAUUGGAAGAGUUGAUAACCAAGUCAAAUGGAAAGGUGUUCGCGUGGAUUUGGCGGAACUUGAAAAAGAGUUCCUUAUGUGCUUAGGCUUGCUUCAGGUUGCUAUUGUUUAUUCGAAUCAAAUGCUUAUUGCUUUUAUGGCUGGAAACAAAGCGAAAAUGCAGUACUCCGUGCUUCUGGAAAAAUUGAAAGAUCGGACACAGAUACCUGACCAUUUCUUGCAAAUCGAAAAAAUGCCUUUGAAUUCUAGUGGAAAAAUCGAGAAGUCUCUACUUUUACAGGCAUUUGAGAAGAUUCGAAAGUCCUAUAAACGAGAAAUGGUCACAUUGGAGAAUUCGUUGGAAGAGAAGGUAUCAAAAGUAUCAAGUGAAGUUCUUGGUCGUCAGACAUCGUUGACUGACAAGUUCACAGAAGUUGGUGGUAACUCUUUGACCUCAAUUCAACUUGCGCAUCGGCUCACCGAUGAGUUGAAAUUUGAAGUCAAGGCUCAUGAUAUCCUUCAAUCAAACAACUUCAAGGAUUUGAGCAAUCAAUUAGCUAAAUCUGUUGAAAAGCCAUCUUCAAAAAUUCCAAAUGUUAUCACCAAACUGAGAGAGAUUCCAAACUCAAAAUUCAACAUCUAUCUGGUACAUGCUAUAGGCGGAACCAUCUACCCGUAUUACUCAUUCCUGCAAAUCUUCCCGAAAAACAUUUCCCUUUAUGGAAUCGAGUUCGAUUUGAAAUACCCAUCAAACGACUUGAGAGAACUUGCUCAUUUCUAUGCUCGAGAGAUUGCUGCUCAUGCCGGAGAAAAGCAAAUCUUUGUUAUGGGUCAUUCGAUGGGAGGAAUUAUGAGUCGCGAGAUAGUAGCAGAACUAAAAAUUUGGGGUUAUGAAAUCCCAUUCGUCAUGCUAUUUGAUUCAUGGGUCCUCCGAACUAAUGAACUUGACAUUGAGAAUAUCAAACAAUUUAUUACGUAUGUCUUCUCCGGCCUUCCAGACAGUGAACAUCGUAUUGAUAGAGCGAUCAAACUCGCCCAACUUCUUAGAGAAUACAAAACUUCCGUUUCCGACACCAAAUUAUAUUUAUUCAAGAGUAAGCAGCUUGGAGAUGCUGCGUUCAAAAAAGCUAUUAGAGUCGAUCUGAAUGAGGAACUGUCUCGAUCUAUGACUUGUAACGGAUUCGAUGAGUUAUCCCUCCAGCCGAUUGAAACCUACUUGAUUGACGGCGACCACGAAUCCUGUCUCAAAGCCGAAAACUUGAAAAAAGUAAAGGAUUUGAUUCUUGCACCUUUCAAACCUUAUUUUGAUCACGCCUAA